UACCAGGAGCAAAAAAUACGCACGCAAGGCAAGUUUUUUUUUUUUUUUUUUUUUUUUACUCACUGCACUAAGGCUUCUUUCAGCCCAUAUGUAAUGCUAUUUUCCCCGGAGGCGGUAAAGAGUUCUAGAUCCACUUAUGUGAGACUCUAAUUCAGUUUUCCACACUCACGCAGCACUGAUUCUUUUCUUUCCUCCACCAAAGUCACCCACCGGGCGCGCUGCAUGCUCAGCAACGGACAAGUAAACCUACACUGGAGGGUUUUGAUGUCACUGAAUUAAUGUCGAUGGAUGGAAAACGAAAAAGGAGAUUGUUGUGAGAUGAAGUUGGAGACCCUGCCAUCAAAUAAAGGAGGACGCACCUUUUGACACCGUGAUUUCUAUUUUUUUUCUUUCGUUAUUUUGAGAGCUCCUGCUGGGAGAAAAAGAAUGGCGCUGAGUGGAAAUUGCAGGACUAAUCCCAAAGACCUGCAAGCUUCAGUUCAGAACAGUUUCCCAGAUGUUGUCGAGUUGAACGUGGGGGGGCAGGUUUAUUACACCCGCCACUCAACUUUGGUGGGCACCCCGAAUUCGUUGCUCGGUAAGCUGUUCUCCUCCAAAAAAGACGCAUCUAACGAUUUGGCCAGAGACCCUAAGGGUCGGUACUUCAUCGACAGGGACGGAUUUUUAUUCCGAUAUGUGCUGGACUACCUCCGGGACAAGCAAGUCGUCCUCCCGGACCACUUCCCCGAGAAAGGGAGGCUCCGGAAAGAGGCAGAGUACUUCCAGCUGCCCGACCUGGUGAAGCUUUUGACCCCGGAGGACAUCAAGCACAGCCCGGAUGACUUCUUCCACAGCGACCACGAAGACGGCUCCCAGGGUAGCGACCACCGACAGUGCCCGCCACCCUCUCUGGUCCCCGCGGACAGGAAAAGCGGUUUCAUCACGGUAGGGUACCGAGGUUCGUGCACUAUGGGCCGGGAGAGCCAGAGCGACGCCAAGUUCAGGAGAGUACCUCGGAUACUGAUCUGCGGCAGGGUGGCUCUUGCUAAAGAGGUGUUCGGGGAGACUCUAAAUGAGAGCCGGGACCCGGAUAGGACCCCGGAGCGCUACACGUCCCGGUUUUAUCUCAAGUUCAAGCACCUGGAGAGAGCGUUUGACAUGCUGUCGGAGUGCGGCUUCCAAAUGGUUGCCUGCAACUCCUCAGUAACAGCCUCGUUUGUCAACCAGCACACAGAGGACAAGAUCUGGUCCAGCUACACUGAAUACGUCUUCUACCGUGGUCUCUCACGCUGGUCCUCUCCUCCAUGUGACUGCUGCUGCAAGAACCACAAGGGUGAUGGCGAAGGCGAGAGUGGCACUUCCUUUAACGAGCUUUCAACCUCCAGCUCGGAGAGCCAGUCGGAGGCCAGCUCACCCCAGGGAACAGUCAUCUGUGGUCCAGUCACUCGUCAGUCGCACCCUCAUGCCAAGGUUCAGACCUUGGACAGGCCACCGAAGAAAGGCCCCGUUAGCAUGAUUCAGCAGUCUGACCAGCGACGGAAGAGUGACUUACUGCGCACUCUUACAGCCAGCUCACGAGACACCAGCGGCUCCAAGAAACGGCCUGCGAAAGAAAAGCUGACGGUUGAAGAGGAGCUGGAAAAGUGCAUUCAAGACUUCCGCAAGAUCAAGAUUCCAGAGAGGUUUCCUGAGAGGAAGUACAUGUGGCAGGCCGACCUGCUGAGAAAGUACCGCCUUUGAGCCUGAAUUGCGGAGGGAUGCAUGGAAGGAGCAAACACAAGGCUAAGGAUCAGUUUACGUGUUUUUCCAUUAUGAUUUUUUUUUUUUCCGACAAAAUGAAGUUUGUGGAGGAUACUUCAUGAAAGGAUGUUGGAAGUCAGAAGCAACAAAUAUUAUCAAAAAAGGCAAUUUGCAGUGGCUAUUGGCAAAUGUAGUAUAUACAGUAUGUGUGUAUAUGUAGUUUAGACCAAGUAUAAACUCUAGGAACGUGCAGUAACUUGCUGGAAUGUGCAUCAACACUGGACCAAUACAACAGAGCUGAUCAAACAACUGAAAGCCUUUUACUGGCUGCACUUGAUGUUACUGAUAGCUAAUGGAUUACACAGACUGUAAUCAGUCAUCAUUUUGAUGGAAAAAAAAUGACAAAAGCUUCAUUUCUGAUCCAACAAAGACAAACACUGCGUGACUGUAUGAGUGCAUUGGUGUGCAUGUGCGUGUUUGUACCCAGGUGGCCCGGAGGUCAAGGAUAAAUCUGCAUUGGGACUCAUCAAUAAUUCAUGCAGUUCCAACAGACCUCUCACCAUAAAUACUCUCUGCUACCACAGCGGCACAAACAGCUGGGCUGAUUACUUUACUUUUAGGCAACAUUUGGAGACUUGUAAGCCGGGAGGAGGCACAAUUUCAUCAGCAUAUGAAUUAAUUCCCCUUCUUUGAACCAGGUUAUGUUGCAAAUGUGCCCCAAGAACACUAAAAAGCCUCACAGUGCUUUAAGUUUUACAUAGUUGCCUGGAUUAGAUCAACAGCCAGUUGGGAGGGAUUAAUGAAAGAGUAGCCAAACCUAGAAAGAAACCAAAGGUUGUGAAAAGUUAAAUAAAUAUCAAACACUCAGAUCACAGCCAUCAACAUUUAUUUACACAAACAGAAAAUUGUACAAACAUUUGCUCCAACUUAGUCAUACUGAACACUAAAGCAUGGUGAAAUUAAAGCCUCGCUAAGUAUGACAGCUACCGUACAAACCGAAUAAGGCAGGACUGCUGUAUUUUCUAACUCUGCCAACACAGUUCAAGGGUUUCCAUAUUUACUGUUGACAAGCUAAUCAAUAGUUAUUGAUGAAUGGUCUAAGGAUAGAGCGGAGAUAUAUAGUUCUUGCUUAAAGUUACUAAUGAAUUUUUUGGUUCCGAACAAAAAGACCCAAUGCGUGUAUUCAAUGAAGAUUAGCAAUUACUCAUGUAUUGUUGUGACAAGGGAAUGCAUAGUGAAGUAGCUAGAGAAACUAGGAUGGCAGGAAUCUACAAUAGAAAAAUAGCACUGCUCCUAUACUAAAUAAAAUUACUUUACUUAUUUAUUACAAUUACAAUGGAAAACACUGAAUGGAGGCCAAUACACACUUUAGAAAUAAUGUGUUUUAAUAUUGAUGAUAAUUAAAUCAACUAUCAAAAAGCGUUAAAGGGAUAUAGGACUUGAGUUUCCAUUACCAUACAACAAGACACACUUGAAUGCGAAAAGGGGGACUGCUUUCAUUGAGAAUCCAAAAAACAUCAUCACCAUGCACUUUAAUUUAAUCUAUAUAACAGCUAUUCACAAAAAAUGCCAUCUCAAGUCCAUUUACAAUGCAAAAGCCUGGAAUUGAAUUUUCUUUCACAACUUGGAUUCACACAAAAAGACUCACCAUAACUAGAAAGAUUGAGAACCCUAAACUACGCAUGCUCAUGUAUCAGCAUCUAUAUCAAAGCAUGUUUCUUCUGUUUUCCAGAAGCAAUUUCACUUGCUGGAUCAUCUAAAGCUAAAUUUUAUUUAAAUAAGAGUAGGGAUGUCUCUAUUCUGGUAUUUCUGAAUGAUUGUACUCUAGUAGCUGACUGCACUUAACUCUUGAUAUACUAUAUUGCCAUAAGUAUCUCCACGUCUGCCUUCACACAGAUAUGAACUUCAGUGACAUCCCAUUCUUAUUCCAAGGGAAUUGAUAUCAUGUCUGCACACCAUUUGCAGGUAUCACAGCUGGAAGCUGUGAUACCUUCAACUCUUCUGAGAGGCUUUUUUUAAAUAAGUUUUAGUUUGUUUAUUAGAAUUUCUAACCAUUCUUACAAAAGCCCAUUUGUGAGGUCAGAUAAUGAUGUUGGACAAGAAGGCCUGGCUCACAGUUUUUCCUCUAAUUCACCCCAAAAGUGUUCUAGUGGGUUGACAUCAGACUUCUGUGCAGGUCAGUCAAGUUCUUCCACAACCAACUGGCUCAUCUGUGUCUUUAUAGACCUUUGUUUACAGUCAGUUUGGAACCAGAAGGGACUAUGCCAAAACUUGUCCCACACAGUUGGGAGCAUUUAUUUGUGCAAAUAUCUUGGUAUGCUGAAGCAUUAAUGUCCUUUUACUGAAACCAAUGAGCGAGCCCAAUACCUGAAAAACAGCCCCACACCCCCUCUGCACCAAACUUAGCACUUGACACUAUGUAGUCAGGUAAGUAGCGUUCUCCUGACAACUCCCAAAGUCCCAAUGAUUCUUCAGUCCAGAGAACAUGUCUCCUCUACUUGUGUGCUGUGGCAGGGUGCUUUAAACCAUUACACCUGAUACUUUGUAUUGCACUUGGUAAUGUAAGGCUUUAGAGCCCCUGCUCAGCCAUGGAAAUCCAUUCCAUAAAGCUCCCUACACACUUUUCUUGAGCUAACCAGAAAGCCACAUAAAGUUUGGAGUCUGCAAAGACUUGCCACUGCACCACUUCAUGGCUCAGUUGCUAUCAUCCCAAUCAAAUCCGCUUUUUUUAUUUUUUAUAUCCCUAACAGUUAUUGCUAAAAUAUGUAAUAGUAAAGCAAUUUCCUUUAACUGUACCCUGCUCAAAUUUAGUGAGCUCCUCAAAUUGAACAAUUCUUUAACAAAUGUUUGUAAAAGCAGUCUGUAAGCCUAGGUGCUGAAUUUUAUACACUUGUGGCCAUGGAUGUGAUCGGAACAUAUAUAAUUAAUGAUUUGGAUAGGGAAGAGAAAUAUUUUGGUAAUACAGCAAAAAAGGAUUACAGAAUGAGUGACUGAAUUUAUCACAGCAGAUGAUCAACCCAUCGCUAUGGUGCAAAGGAAAAGUUUUUAAUCAGAUUUUGCACCUGCUAGACUUAUGGUAUAUUCUACCCUUUUAGUGUUACAAAGGGAUUACAGUGCUACAAAGGCUGGAUAAAAGUGGUUGCCAUCACCUUUAGGAUAUGUUAUCUGAUGUAAGUGAAUGCUGCUUAGCCUCAAAACAUACUCGAAAGUCUCCGGAUUGAUGAAAUAUUGACAGUGCUGCAUGUCUGGCAGUAUUGGUUUCAUACUGCAGACUAUCCAAGCAAGUAUUUGGAGAGAUGCUAAGCAGAUCCAAAAGCUACAAAAAUCAUAUCCCUGUCAUUUGUGUGAUAUUUUGAGAAGUAAUAAAGGGUUUGAAUGGAAUAGGGACUCCUCAUGUCCAAGAGGGAUGUCUUGUGCAGCAAAACAUAGAAAAAGUAGCUACUGAGAAAAUGAUAGUUGGUCUUUUCAGGGACUUUAGACAUCUGUAGGGCUCCUGAGGACACAAUCAGUUACAUGGCAUUAAUGUGCUUAGGGUAAAUAGUGUGGAAGUUUGUGUUUUAAAAAAAAUUGCAGGAAUCAGCAUCUGUGAUCAAAAAUAUCAUGAUCAGAGCUUCAGGGCUAGAUAAAGCACUAAACAUAAUGUAAAACAGUGAUAACAAAAAUGAAACAAAAUACUGUGGUUUUGUUGGCAAAAUUGCAGUUUCCUGAGGCUGUAGUGAAACAACUUCAUUGCAAAAUACAAAGUCCCCCUCUAACUUUGAGUGCAAGUGAGGUGAAGGACACAAGAUAAAGGCUCCUGUAAUGACAUGUAAGUGGAGCAAAUUUAGUUUCUGUUGGAGGAUACUUCAGGUAUCCUUGAGGUAUCUUCCCUGGCUUUCAUAAAUGUAUAUGGAGAAAACUUUAAAUAGAAACAGCAAUAUAUUGGGGGAAAAAUCUGUCAUAAAUCAUUUUAUUUCUUUUGGAUUUUAAAGAAACUUAGGGCUUGAUCUUCAAAGAUCCCAAAUAGCGGGUGCUAAUUUGCGUGUACUAUAAGUAAAUUGCACGUGCAAUAAGAGGGCGUGUUGCAUGCGGUUUUCAAAGAUUGUACUUGCAAUGGAUAGUAGGUGCAGACCGCCCUAUUUACAUGAGGAAAUUGUGUGUGCUACUGGCUGAAACAAGAGGAAAAGCAAAGAGAUCCUCUGCCGUGUUGCUAGAAAUAUGCAGGGAUUGUUGUCCUGCAUCAUUAUAAAUGAUCCAGUUCGGCCCUUGCUUUUCUGGACUGUUAUAGUUAGUUAACUUUUGUUGUGCUACUCACAGCAGGUUUGUCAUCUCCCCUGACGAGAUCAUUACUCUUUUCUUGCUCGACGUAACUCGCAACAAAUUGGCCAAUCAAUAUUAACAAUAUAAAAGACAAAUAUGUUUGUUAAUUAAUUUGUCUCCCUUGAUCGUCUAAUUGUUUUCCGAGACUCAACGGGUUCUGUUGUUUUUUGAGAGUAUAUGUUUGAAGAGUUCGAAGUUUAUCAUAAACAGCCACAAUAUUUUAGCCUGAAUAUUGGCAAAAUAAUUUACACAAAAUAAUUUUAACUGCAUAAACAAAACCCUCCCCUGGCAUCACAUUUAAACAACGUAAUCAAACUGGUCCAGCUCCGAUUGCCCUGCAAUGACACAAUGUUACUGUCAAUAUUGCAAUGUGUUGCUUAGUGACAAGGUUAAGGCAUACAGUCUUUGUCACAAUAUGGAAAAGCUGCCUUAAAAUGGUGAUUUUUCACCUGAUAAGAAGUGAUUUUAGCAUCCAGUUUGGAAAUGAAGGAUUUAACCUGCCUUAUAAUGUCUUUAGUUCUUUCCUAUUAAUUAUAUUAUAAACAUCAAAGCACAGUGGGUUUUUCGCAUGAUGUGCGAUUACAGGCUGUACGCGCUUGACCAGUUAUGUGCACAUUUUGCUAUGAUCAGGUUUGUGCGCGUUCAACAGAUGAUCACUGACUGGAAUGAUGUUGAAUGAAGUGUUGCAAGGAGUUUUACCAUAGGAUAAAUAUCAUGGCUUUUGUUUGUGAUUGGCUCCAUAUCAGAGCUUGGAUAAUCCUACAUAGAAUCCUCUAUUCUCAUCUAU